AUGACCGCAAUUGCAAGUCCUGUCAGUCACGCUAUCAUUUGUCAACGUUAUGUGUUAGAUGAUUCACGUAAGUAUUCUGCAAAACGUUUCUGAAAAAUAAUAAUACAUAUCGAUUUGAAACAAAGACCAAGAAAGAACAUCAUCUAUAAAUAUAUAAACAUUUUAGACUUUGUAUUUUUAUUUUCAUUAUUUUUAGUCAAGUGUCACAUGUUGCAAAAAAGAAAGCAUCAAGAAUUAAUGAAAGUUCAAAAAAAAUACAAGAAUUUCUGAAAGCGAAAAAAAAUACCCAUCAAACGUCUUUCUCUAAUUCGGUUUAAAAUUAAGUGAGGAAAUAAAAAAGAGAUACCGUAGUUACUUUUUAACCAAAUCAAGUUGAGAGUCUUGAAAAGUCAAAAAUCGAAAGUACUUUCAUAGAUGAACGUGACAGAUGAGAAUAAAAAUAGAAGUAGGAACUCGCACGGAGAUUUGACUGAGGAUACUGUAGCCCAAUUCAAACAUGAAUAAAUUUUUCUCUCUUUUCCAUACUCCGCUGAUUUUUUGAAAGAAAACGUGUAUUUUUAGUAGGCAAUUUUUCGAUAAUUCAAAGCACAAAACAAUUUUCUCUUUCAAAUUAUGAUGUCAAAAAACUUCAAAGACCAAACAAUUUUUCCAGUUACCUUGUUAGUCACAAUUUUACACUUGGCUUCAAAAAUAUUUCUUUUUUCUUUCAAAAACCAAAAACUUGUUGUCUUUGAACUUUUCCCAUAUCAUCCUGACAGCUGAACCAAAAAAAAAAAGAAAACGAAAUUUGUUUCGUCGACGUUUUUCUUUUUUCUCCCAAAUUAGGACUUGGUGUUAGUGUUGGUGUGAUUGACGACGACGACACCAAAAAAAUGGGCAAAAGCAAAAAAAAGCAGAAAAAUGAAAAGAAAAAAAGUUUGGCUGUCAGCGACUGGUCCUGUCCUUGAUUCUUUAGGGAAUCAAAAGGCGCUGAAGUGCAUCAAAACAACAACAAACAUGAAAAUGUUUUAUUUUUACUAUUUUUGUUGUUGUUGUUUUUUUUUGGUGGAAGAUGAAGAAAAAGAGAAAAAAGUACUACUUGAAACUAGGAGCCAAUGAUGGUCUUUUGAAUAAUUGAAUGAGCAUUGGUCGUUGAAACAUACACAUUUCCAAAGACAAUUUUUCAGAACAAAAAAUGAGCAAGAAAAAAACCAAUUAACUUUUUGGUGUCGCACAUUUCAAUUCAAUUUUCUUUUUCCCAUUUUUCCUGAAACUAAACGGAACAAAAAAAUGAACGAAGGAAAAAAAUCAUUAUUUAUGCAAAACUCUUGAAGAAGGGCCCCCAUAAAUAUUGUGCGUCCAAAAAAUGUGCAAAAUUUUUCAGAACUCUCGGAAACUUUCGAUUUAUUGGAUGUUGAUAAAGAUGGCAGAUUGUCGAGAAAUGAAAUUGCUGCACUUUUGAGAACAAUUAAUGUUGAGCCAACACGAGUUGAACUUGAUUUUAUUUUUCAAGAAAUGGAUACUGAUAGUGAGUUGAAAAAAUGAAAUAUGUACCGUAAUCCAAUUAUUCACAAAAAAAAGGAAAACCUUUUUUUAUAUAAAGCUUCAAAGACCAGAAGCACUCUCAGCAGAUUAAACAAGUUGAUAGGCUUAUAAAUCUUCUGAAAGAUCAAUCAUUAGAAACUAGAAUUUUUAUAUUGUUGUUCCGGAAAAAAUCAUAUAUCAUUUUUCUGAAGCUUGAAUCAAAAUUAAAAUUGUUUUUCAGAAACUGGAAAAAUCAACAAAGAAGAAUUCAUUAACUAUAUGAGAUCUCCACCAGUUCAUCGAACAACACUUCGAGAUCUUGAAAAACAAUUCCGUAAAUUUGACCAAGAUGGAGAUGGAGCCAUUACUGAAGGUACGUCUUUUUCUCAUGAGCAAAAAAAAUCGCAGAACUAUAAAUCACGCUUUUUCUAGAGGAAAUGGCUCAAAUUCUCGGAGAAACUGCCGGUGUGAUGGAUGGCCAACUAAUUAGUCAAAUGUUCAAGGCGACCGAUUUGAAUGGCGAUGGAAAAAUCACGUUUUUGGAAUUUGUUAAAAUGAUGCAAGAAUAA